GCUACCAUAGUAUUCCGUCACUUGGCAACAACACUCGAGAAGUUUCACGUUAAAGUCAUUCUAACAUUGACAAACGUCGGAAAGAUGCGUCCAAAAUAUUACACACCAAAUGAAGUUGCAGUGCACAACACGCUUAAAGAUAUAUGGGUUUCUUUUUUGGGUAAAGUCUACGAUUUAACACCACUAUGUGAGAAAUACGAAGGGAGCACUCUUUUGAAGCCUAUUGUUGCCAGUGCUGGAAAAGACAUCUCUCAUUGGUUUGACAAGAAGACAAAUGAUAUUCGAACACAUGUAGAUCCUACAACAAAAUGUGUGUUUCCUUAUUCGCCUCAUGGUCGCUUCGUCCACAUCCCACCCCCUUGCCCGCGCACCGACUGGGCCAAUGAUUUCGGCAGACCUUGGUGGAAAGACGAAGGAUACUGUAUUGGGAUCCUAUCCAAGAAGACAAGGAUGGUGAAGAUCAUUAACACUCUGACAUCGCAGGAACAGAUUAUAGAGGUUUGCUCUGAAGAAACCAUGGAUGAAAUUUUGCAGAGGUAUCUGAAAUGGAACCAGCACGCGGCCAGCUACACCUGGAAAUAUGAAGGCCAGAACCUGGACAUGAAUAAAACCCUGGAGGAGAACAGCAUCUCAGAUGAAGACGAAGAAUUCUACAAACUCAGCAUGAAUGAUGACGAGUACCUCCGCGCUAUCCACCUGUACUUCAACGAUGAUCUGACGGAAGCCUGAUGAGGGAGGGCGGUCGGUCUUUGCCCUCAUCCUACAUUCAAAGACUCAUGUUGAAACGUGAAGACACUUGGGAUUGUCUUUCAGCAAUUUAAGAAGAAAGUGGGGUCACCUGUUUCAUGAAAGUUGUCAUCAACUAUGGACAGAUACAUUUCAUCUAUCUCACACUCCCUAACCUCUUUCUGAAUGUUUUGCAUGUUUUUUGUCCACCAAAUGUUGAACUCUGAAAUUAGAAGAAAAAUUUAACGUUUUCAUAUGUUUUAAGUACCAGGACUUCAACAGCAGUAGAAUAUCUAUCCUUAUUAUUUUUUUAACAUUAAAUUUUUUAAUUCUCCAGUUAUCUAUCUUUAGAUAUAUGUUAUUCAUGUAAAAGUUGUUUCAUAAUCCCUGGUUCUGUUACACUCUUUUUAUUGCUGAAUGGAUAUUGAUUCUUCAUCAUGGCAUAUAAUACACCUUUUCUCUAUUCAUAUUCAUCAUCACAAUGUUGAUGCAGGUUUACAGAAUACCCUUUUUAGGCAAUGCAUGUAAAUGAUGGUUAAUUGGAUUUUACAGUAUUUGCAUUUUAAUGUCUGUUUGUGACAAUCUAACAGGUAGGAUUUGAGACAUAAUACCAUGGCAAUAAAUAUACUGUAGUAUUGCAGCAAACAGAGCUCAGUAACUGCAUGCACAAGAAUCUGGAGAUGUUGCGAGUGUUUCGGAGGUAUUUUAAAACUGCUGUCACGCAUACAUCAUGAUCAUCUUUUUGUUGACAGCAUGCAUUGGCUGUGUAUUACAAAUAUAUUUCUGGCCGACACCCAUUUGUACAUGUCCCACUCAAAAUUCAGCAAUAUCACCUUCAUAUUAUGGAAUUGGUGCAUUUGGUCAUUCAAGCAAUAAUAUUAGGGGGAAAAGAAAGUAAAAUCUCAUUUUUGUUCAAUAAUUUACAUUACAAUAUGGAAGAUUCACCCUUUAUUAUUUUGAUAUGGGUGACAAAAAUUUGGUUUUCCUGCAAUCUGGCAAAUAUUAUUUUUGCUAUGUCCAAUUUUAGAUCCUUGCUUAAAAUGUUGUAAAUAUGUAUAUUACAUACAACUAUGUGUAAAUAUAAUGUAUUUUAAAUCACCUGUUACUGUGUGAAAAAAAAUGAAUAAAGUAUUAUGCCAGACA